AUGACUGCUGAAGAAUUUGAUUUUUCUAGCCAUUCCCAUAGACGUUACAAUCCACUAACCGAUUCAUGGAUCUUAGUUUCUCCACACAGAGCUAAAAGACCUUGGUUAGGUCAACAGGAGGCUGCUUACAAGCCCACAGCUCCAUUGUAUGAUCCAAAAUGCUAUCUAUGUCCUGGUAACAAAAGAGCUACUGGUAACCUAAACCCAAGAUAUGAAUCAACGUAUAUUUUCCCCAAUGAUUAUGCUGCCGUUAGGCUCGAUCAACCUAUUUUACCACAGAAUGAUUCCAAUGAGGAUAAUCUUAAAAAUAGGCUGCUUAAAGUGCAAUCUGUGAGAGGCAAUUGUUUCGUCAUAUGUUUUAGCCCCAAUCAUAAUCUAACCAUUCCACAAAUGAAACAAUCAGAUCUGGUUCAUAUUGUUAAUUCUUGGCAAGCAUUGACUGACGAUCUCUCCAGAGAAGCAAGAGAAAAUCAUAAGCCUUUCAAAUAUGUCCAAAUAUUUGAAAACAAAGGUACAGCCAUGGGUUGUUCCAACUUACAUCCACAUGGCCAAGCUUGGUGCUUAGAAUCCAUCCCUAGUGAAGUUUCGCAAGAAUUGAAAUCUUUUGAUAAAUAUAAACGUGAACACAAUACUGAUUUGUUUGCCGAUUACGUCAAAUUAGAAUCAAGAGAGAAGUCAAGAGUCGUAGUGGAGAAUGAAUCCUUUAUUGUUGUUGUUCCAUACUGGGCCAUCUGGCCAUUUGAGACCUUGGUCAUUUCAAAGAAGAAGCUUGCCUCAAUUAGCCAAUUUAACCAAAUGGUGAAGGAGGACCUCGCCUCGAUUUUAAAGCAACUAACUAUUAAGUAUGAUAAUUUAUUUGAAACGAGUUUCCCAUACUCAAUGGGUAUCCAUCAGGCUCCUUUGAAUGCGACUGGUGAUGAAUUGAGUAAUAGUUGGUUUCACAUGCAUUUCUACCCACCUUUACUGAGAUCAGCUACUGUUCGGAAAUUCUUGGUUGGUUUUGAAUUGUUAGGUGAGCCUCAAAGAGAUUUAACUUCGGAACAAGCUGCUGAAAAACUAAGAAAUUUAGAUGGUCAGAUUCAUUAUCUACAAAGACUGUAA